AGGUAUUUUACAACUUACUGACUUUGUUUUAUUGAUAAUUCUGAAUAAUUUACACUUUCUCAUUUUUAACCAUCAAGCUUCCAGGAAGCAGAUGCUUGAUGAGGCUGUGCUUAAUUUCAUUGUAAAGGACUGCCAGCCCCUCGCUGUUGUGGAGAAUGAAGGCUUCAGGGAGCUGCUUCAGCUCCUGGAGCCCUCAUAUGUUUUGCCAACCAGAAAGACCAUCAAACAACUGUUGGCCAAAAAGUACGAGGAGGAACGGGAACGAGCGAAAAUGGAAGUACAGCAGGCUGCGGACAGAAUGUGCCUCAAUAGUUGGAAGCUCAAAUGAGCCCCGGCCGGGAACAUCUUCACAACAGCUGUCUGCCCCCACUUCAGAUGACCUUUGGGAACAUUUUGAUCUCGAAGUGGGGAGGCAGACCAAAAGUGCCACAGCUGAUGCCAUCCUUGAGGUGCAGAGAUACAUGGCAGAGGGCAAUAUUGCGAGGUCCCAGGAUCCUCUUUUAUAUUGGAAAAACCAAAGGACGGUUUAUCCAAACUUCUUCCGCCUGGCCUUAAAAUUUUUGUGCACUCCAGCUUCAUCUGUGCCGUGUGAGCGGGUGUUUUCCACAGCUGGAGAAUUAAUAUAAAAAAAGCGUAACA